AUGAAAAUUAUUUCAUCACUUCAUGUCGUUCUGAUUAUCUUCAUAAUUUUUCAUAAAACCGUUUGUAAUGCGCAGUAUAAUGCAUUAACGCAUUAUGAGGACCCAUCAAAAGAACUAUAUUUAUUUGAUUCUACUACCGAGAAAGAUGGAACCUUAUUGAUCCAAUUUGCUCAUUAUUACGAGCAACCGCUAAAUAUAUGUAUAUAUCCAGAUAUUCAUCUAAGAAUUGUAUACUCCGAUGGUACCGUAAAACCAUUGGAAGUUGCACACCAAAUUCCAGAUUCAAACUUCUGUAGCUUACAAGUAGUUUUCAAAAACAUAUUUGUAAAUAAAAAUAUGAUCCUCCUGACGUAUUUUGAUGGACAAAAUGAAAAUACUUCAAUGCACACAGGAAUGGUUAUCGAUUUCGAUGGAAACCUUUUGCAGUAUCUACAGUUUGGUGUUGGAAUUGGAAGAAUAAAUCGCAGCAAAAAUCCAGAAAACGGGUUUACAUGGUCUCGUCAAGUUAAUGCAACUACAAUCGCAUGGUCAAGAUAUAUACCGGAUCACACAAACCCGAAACAAAUUUUAAAAUCAGCAUCGGGUCUUAUAAAAUCACCCAAUCCUUCAUCUGUUAUUAAAUCGUACAAAUUGUUUAGUUCGGGUAAUGGUGGCAAUGUUUUCGUGAUUGUGACAAAACUUAAUAAGACGAUUGCAUCGGAUCCAGCCUGGGAAGUUUACGCUGAUUUUGUUGACGAGGUUGCAAAUGAAAACAGUCUAACCUACUUAAUUUAUCAAUCUCAAGUUGAUUAUUUUAAUUUAAGCUUUAUGUAUUGUCGAAAUUCAAAUGGGGAAGGUUGUAGCUGUCUAAUGCAAGUCGAAAUGGUUAUCCCGAAUCAGGCAGCGACAACUAAAAUAUAUUAUUUGUUGACUUUCUUGUCUAGUGGUUCCGUCAUAAAUAAUAAACAGAUCGACAUGGGUGCUGCUAGUAACGAAAUUUUAUCUAUUUCAGUUUUAUUUAAUGGAGGUUUUCUAGUAAUUUAUCCGUCGGAAAAUGGUAGAAAGGCGGGAAUUUUCUUAUCACAUAAUGGAGAUUAUGAGGGGGAGUGGAAGGGGUUCAAUGGUGACGUGAUACAAUAUACGUAUCUAGAGCAUAAUGACACAUUGUGGGGAAUGCUAUACCAAAAUAGUUCAUCUUCAUGGACGAUCAUAACAGAACCUUUGCGUGAUAGAAGCAUUCUGGAGAAAUAUAAAUACAAUAAUCCAAAUAUCCUGGAAACGACGCCGUUUGAUGAUGUGGUAAGGGACAAUUUGGAUACCAUCACGAUCAAAUAUGACAAAGAUAUAAUUCCUUCGUAUGGUAAUAUAUCAAUUUACCAAAUUCAAGAUAACUAUAAUGAAUUAUUGCGCCAAACAUAUUCCGGUUUAUCUAGUUACGUGACGAUUAUGAACGAUACUGUUGGCAUAAAAAUCCUAAGUAGUACUUUUAAUCAACUCGGCGCAACAUAUUUCAUACAAAUAAAUGAUAAUUUUGUUGAUUCUAAACUAUAUGGAGAGCCCAUAACUGGAAUAAAUAAGAGAGUUUGGUUUUUAAACGCGUCGUUGGAUAAUCCGGGAUCAUGUCAAUCACCAGUUACCAUGUUAUUGAGGUUUAACGCCAAGGGGUCCAAACUUCUAAGGUCUCUAAAUACUGAAGAAUUCGACAAAUUUUACGAUGAUCUGAUGAUGGAAUUUUCGAAAAUUAUUCCCGUUGAAAGGUCCAGACUACCGCCUGAUUCCGGAAAAUUUCAAAAUGACCCUUACAAUCCUAACAAUUUCAUUCUAUUGCAAGUAAAAAUUACACAACCAACAAAAAAGUUGAUCCGCUGUGCUAAAGACAUAGCAAAAGAUGUGAAUGCAAUGAUCAUCAACAAAUAUUCCACCCUUAUGUCACAUUAUCCUUUAUCUAGCAUGUUGGACGAAAAUUAUGGUGCCAAAACUACACCGGAUGGCUGGGACGAUGCUUUGAAAUUGAGUUUAUUCUAUGUCAUAGGAGGAUUUCUGUUCGUCACUUGUAUAUACUUUAUAGUAAGAUCCCGAAACAAAGAAGCGCGGAAUGCUUUCGUCUUAACUUUCACGGUGCUUGUUUCUGAUUUUGUAUUAGAUAUGAUAUUUAUCAUAUACAACUCUCAGAUGAUUUAUUCGCUUUUCAUCCCGAGCGUUGUAUUUUUGGUAAUUCCCACAGUUUUCAACAUGAUAUUCACAUUGUUUAUCAUCUUGAAGGAACAAUCAACAAAUAAAGACUUUCAGAAUUGGUUCAUGUCUAAUACAAAAUAUGUGGCGAUAUUGACAAUUUUGUCAUCAGCAAAUGUAGGGCUAUUGAACAUAAUCACGUCACAAAUAGGGGGUCUGUCACACUUUGAUGCACCGCUUUCAGAAGAAGCCAAAGUUUUAAUCUUUUGGGGGAGUUUAGUCAAUAUAUUCAUUGAAGACGUACCACAAUUUAUUACUAGAAUCAUUUUUUUGCAAUAUAAUUCCGUAAUAUAUGAUCCAGUUCCGGUACUCUCUUUAAUUUCCGCUGGAAUUUCAAUAAUAUUCGGUCUUAUUUGUAGAGGUUACGAUGUAUUUGUCCUUGAAAUCCCCUUCGACUUUUCCGGAACAAAUAAUAAUCAACUUAUGAAAAGCGUUAAAAAUGUGAUAACAAAUAUUUUUAGAUCACAAAAUAUUUCUCCUAAUAAUUCAAAUUCAACGUAA